AUGUCUUGGUUAGAGAAUGUAGCUUCAACGAAUCAACAAUAUUCUGAAAAUGUGUUCGAACCAUCUUCUCUUCGAGUGAAUCUCCAGAACACUUAUUUUCCUGGAAAUCGGGAGUCUUCGUGGAGUCCGAGAUACUCCUGGAAUAACUUUUCAAAUCCUUACAACGCUUCAACGUCGAAUAAAUCUUCCAAUGAGAUUAAUUUCUUACCGUCUUAUACCGCAAACUUUCAACACUUUGACACGAACCGAAAUUAUCGAAUAUACAGGUGCGGGCAAUAUUCCCAUGAGAAUGUUAACGUUAACGAAAACGACAUAGUUGAGGAAACGAUAGAAAAAAUAGAUUUCAAUUCUACGGAGCAAUUCGUCGACUUUACUUGCGAGAAGACUCAAGAUCAUCAAAUCUCUACAACCACAAUGGUAUUUCGUGCCUGGGAAAUUCCAUCCAGUCAAAACGCUGGGACAAAUAUUGAAAAUGACUUGAAGUAUUGUUCAUUACAAGAAUCCCGACACACAGUUGAUUUAACCAACAAUUCAUCUGACAACGAAGCGUAUUCUAUAGAACGUGCAUGUGAUACGAAUAAAAGAUUGCCUCCUGAUAAACCUCGUAAAGAAAGAACAGCAUUUACAAAGCAACAAGUUCGUCAUCUUGAAUACGAAUUCGCACAUAGCAAUUAUCUUACACGCUUACGUCGUUAUGAAAUUGCAGUUGCGUUGGAUUUAACUGAACGGCAGGUAAAAGUGUGGUUUCAAAAUAGACGCAUGAAGUGGAAGAGGACGAAAACAAGGUUAGGAAGUGGAUCGGAAAAACUUAAUAUUUCUUAG